AUGAACAAAAGAUUUCAAGCUACCGUUGGCACUUUGAUCGUAAUCGUUAUUCUGGCAUUCACCUUUGACCCUCUGAAUCUAGCCCGAAAUCAUCCAUCCUCUUCCAAAUCUUCUACAUCCUCACUCAUCCGAAACUCGCCAUACGCUUUCGUCACCUUGCUCGCCCCAAAUCCGAAACUCGACAACAAGACUGUGCCGGAUGACGAGGAUGAAUACUUUGUCGGAACGCGAGUUCUGGCAUACCAGCUAUUGCACGCCCCGAGAACAGGCACCAACACCUCCAUCCCUUUCGUCGUCCUCGCAACUCCGGAUAUACCUGAGUCAAAAUUGGAGCGGCUGAGAAAAGAUGGAGCAACAGUAAAAGUGAUCGAAAGGAUAUCAGAAUCAUGGAUGAAGCCAGGCCUACAAAGAUGGAGAGACAUGAUGUCUAAGCUCCGAAUGCUCGAAUUGACCCAUUUUGAGAAAGUCCUCUUCAUGGAUGCAGACAUGUACAUUGCGGAGCGCAUGGACGGCAUCUUCACCGACCCCACCACAGAGCCCCUCACACCAAAGCCAGAAUUAGCAGUAAAAGACGAAGGCCCAUUGCCCAGAUCUUACAUAUUCUCCGCCCAGCAAUACAUGGAAGGACGCGUCCAUCCCUACCCGCCGCCUGCCGGUGACUAUUUCUCUGGCGGCUUCUUCCUCUGCCAGCCCAGCAUCGAGAUGUUCAACUACUAUCUCACCAUUGCGAAAAUCAAAGAUCGCUUCAACUCCAACGCUAUGGAACAAGGAUUGUUGAAUUAUGCGCAUCGAAGAGCGGGGCCGAUGCCGUGGACGGACAUCUACUACAAAUGGACUACGUCGUGGCCGAGCAUGAAGGAGUAUGAAGCUGGGGCACACAGCUUGCACGAGAAAUGGUGGGAUGAGAAGAUCCGCUUGGACCCGGAUCUGAGGAAGCUGUGGUAUAUCGCUAGGGGCGAGAUGGACGGCUAUUACCGUGGCUCAGAGCAAGCCUUAGAGCUUUUAUGA